GAGCUGCGCCCCACGCCCGCGCGGCCAGGUUCCCGGGCACCGCAGCUGCCAGUCAAGGCAAGGAGGCGGGUAGGGACUCCUCCUCCUCCCCACCAAUAGGUCUGGGAGCACGAGUCCUGUUGCAGUCCUGCAAAGUGUAAAGCUGUCAGCCGCAGAGCACGGAGGAAGAGGGAGAGAAUGAAAGAGCUCCUCUUUCCCGGUGUGCGAGCAGCCCCGGCUGGCCAUGCGCGCCAGGGAGGCUACUGAGACGCCCGGCGUCCCCAGGAACACAGAUCUCCUGCCAGGGUCUGAGGAGACUGAAGAAGGCUGAAGACAGGCGGAUGGGCGCAGUUGGUAGGCUCCCCUGUCUCACCAUGACUGCCGAAAAUCCCACACCUGGAGACCUGGCUUUGGCCCCCCUAGUCACUUGCAAACUCUGCCUGUGUGAACAGUCUCUGGACAAGAUGACCACACUCCAGGAAUGCCAGUGCAUCUUUUGCACAGCUUGCCUGAAACAAUAUAUGCAGCUGGCAAUCCGAGAAGGAUGUGGGUCUCCCAUCACUUGCCCAGACAUGGUGUGCCUAAACCAUGGGACCCUGCAGGAAGCUGAGAUUGCCUGUUUGGUACCUGUCGAUCAGUUUCAGCUUUAUCAGCGAUUAAAAUUUGAACGAGAAGUUCACCUGGACCCCCACCGGACAUGGUGUCCUGUCGCAGACUGUCAGACAGUGUGCCCUGUUGCAUCAAGUGACCCAGGACAGCCUGUGAUGGUGGAAUGCCCUUCUUGCCACCUGAAAUUCUGCUCAUGUUGCAAGGAUGCUUGGCACGCAGAUGUCUCCUGUAGAGACAGUCAGCCUAUUGUCCUGCCAACAGAGCACAGGGCCCUCUUUGGGACAGAUGCAGAAGCCCCCAUCAAGCAAUGCCCAGUUUGCCGGGUAUACAUAGAACGCAACGAAGGCUGUGCCCAGAUGAUGUGCAAGAACUGCAAGCACACGUUUUGCUGGUACUGUCUGCAGAACCUGGACAAUGACAUUUUCCUCAGACAUUAUGACAAAGGGCCAUGCAGGAAUAAACUCGGCCACUCAAGAGCGUCAGUGAUGUGGAACCGAACACAGGUGGUGGGGAUUCUUGUAGGCUUGGGCAUCAUUGCCUUGGUGACUUCACCCUUGUUACUCCUGGCCUCCCCGUGUAUAAUCUGUUGUGUCUGCAAGUCUUGUCGGGGCAAGAAGAAAAAGCACGACCCAUCUACAACCUAAAGAUCUCUGUGUUCACGUGCCACAGAUGUCUGAGUUACAUGAGACAGCGCAGUGAUAAAGCCCCACUUAGUGAUCUUGCCUCCUUCUCCUUGCCAAACUUUGGAAGUGCCUCUGUGUCCAGACUUCAAACCUGCCUGCCAGCCUCCGGUGUCAGAAAAGGCCAAGUCCUGGGUGCGAGUGUUCCUGUGUAACAAGAACCCAGCUCUGCGGUCCAGGCUGUGUCUAUGGAGCACGUCGGGAGCUUUCGGGUUGCUUGGGAGGAACUAACACAUCAUCAUUUUAUCAUCCAAAGGAUCCCACUGGACUGUCAACUUCCUGCCAAAUUCAAGGAACCUGAGUGAACAUUUGAUGUAAUAAAUGUGUUGUCAUGGUUGGCAACAUACAAGAUAACUGAGAAGCUAGAGUCUGUUCUGUGUUGAUUUGGCCACCAUGAGAAACACGGGAGAAACCCAGUGUAGGAGGGGAAGCAUAAGACUGCAAAAGGAGAAAUUCUCAGAGCUGUAAAGUAGGCUGCUUAUCUUAGGAGUCGAUAGGGUGGUUGUGCCUCUGCCAGCUACUGGGUGUGCUGUUCCCGAUGUUCCCACAAUGACUUGGCAGAAACACAAUAGGUUUCUCCUUGUGUGAUCUCAGCUUCAAGCAGGAGAAACUGCUGUGCAGAGGGAGUUGUCCCUUCCCAGUAGAAGGGUUGCAGCUUGUUAAACAAUAGAGUCUGAUAUAGGGUCUCUCCCUUGGCAAGUAAAAUUUUCUAAGGUGUCCGCAUCAUCUCUUACAGCUGGUAGCUGUGGUCUGCAAGACUGUUUCAUAUAAAAGAGUGCUAGAGGUUCAAAACCUUCAUUAUAGAUAACAGGGACCAUUCUUGGGCUCUGUGUUCACACACCCAAUAGAUUUGAAAUUGGACCUAAGAGUACGUGUCUAGGGUUAAUAUUAAAGUCCAUAGGUACGUCUAAAAUCCAGAUGACUUACAGUACCUAGAAUUUCUAUCCAUUGGGCGUGCAUGGAUAUACCCAAUAGUAUACACAAAAUAAAGAUUUACUGAAAAG